UGGGGUGCUAACGUUACGUCACUUUCCCUAACAGCGCGAAAAACUACAGUUCAACAUUUGGCCAAAAGUGCUGCCACUGUCCUCUGUAAGAAGGUCCACUUUUAUUUAAUAAAAAAUGUCCAAAAUAGACAAAAUGAGCAUCCUCGGGGUGCGGAGCUUUGGGGUUGAGGAUAAGGACAAGCAAGUCAUCAGUUUCUUUACACCUUUGACUGUUCUGGUGGGACCCAAUGGAGCAGGGAAAACGACUAUAAUUGAAUGCCUCAAGUAUGCAACAUCGGGGGAACUUCCUCCUGGAUCUAAAGGAGGAGCCUUUGUUCAUGAUCCAAAGGAUGCCCAUGAGACUGACGUUCGAGCUCAGAUCCGACUCUUAUUCUCAGAUGUAAAUGGAGAAAAAGUCUCCAUCCAGCGCUCCAUGUCCUGCACUCAAAAAGCAAAGAACUACUCUUUCAAAAGCUUAGAGCAGGUUAUCACUAGAAUAAAAGAUGGUAAAAAAGUAAGUCUUCCCUCCAAGUGUGGUGAGCUGGACAGAGAGAUGAUUUCUGCUUUAGGAGUAUGCAAGCCCGUGCUGAAUCAUGUCAUCUUUUGUCAUCAAGAAGAGUCCAACUGGCCACUUAGUGAGGGCAAAGCACUUAAAGAGAAAUUUGACUCCAUCUUUGCUGCAACUAAAUAUAUUAAAGCUCUAGAGACAAUGCGACAGCUGCGCCUCAAACAAAAUCAGACCGUCAAAGAAUGCCAAGUGGAGUUACGCUACCUGAAGCAGAACAAGGAGAAGGCUCAGCAGAUCAGGGAGACCGUGGCCACCAAAGAAGCUCAGCUGAUGGCCUCCAAAGACAGUGUCCAGCAGAUAGAGAGCCAGAUUGAUCCCCUUGAGAAUCGAAUGAUAGAAAUUGACCAGAAACUGGGGAAGGUGAUGAAGUUAGACAAUGACAUAAAGGCUUUGGACAGCAGGAAGAAACAAAUGGAGGAGGACAACAAGGAGCUGGAGGAAACCAUGGAGCAGGUGUUUCAGGGUUCAGAUGAAGAACUGCAGGAGAUCUACCAGAACCACCAGAGGACAGUGAGGGAGAAGGAGCGCCGGCUCACAGACUGUCAGAAAGAGCUGGAGCGAGCUGGUCGGGAAUGUCAGAGACUCAAUAGAGUAAAGUCGGAUCUCUUAGUUGAACAAGGUCGUCUUCAGCAGGAAGCCGAUCGCCAUACCCAGAACAUCAGGAGCCGCGAUACUCUGGUGCGCUCUCUGUCAUCCCAUCUGGAGAUGGAGGGUUAUGACCGGCCACCCUUCACUUCCCUGCAGCUUGAAAGCUUUCAUCGUCACAUCACACAGAGACUGGAGCAGGAGAAAGAAACACUCAGGCAGAUUCUAGCUGAUUUGCAGGGAAAGGAGCAACAGAAGCAGCAAUCUAUCGAUGAACUGAGGGAUAAGAAGACGGGCCUUGAGAGAACAGUCGAGUUGAAGAGGGAUAUGCAAGGAAAAAAGCAACAGGAACUAAGGAAUGUCAGGGCAGAUCUGCAGAAGCUUGAAGGGUCCUCUAGUCGGCUGCAAGAGCUGGAAAAUGAAUUGGCCAAAGCUGAAGGGGAUCUGCAACGUGCCGUUCAGAGUUCCAACGUUGAAGAGCUGCGGACUGAGAUUGAGGAACUUCACAAAGAGAAAACAGAGCUUAACCGAGUGCAGAGGCAGCUUGAUGAUGAUAUGCAGACGCUCAAUGCGCACACAACUGCUCGCACGCAGAUGGACAUGCUGAAGAAAGAUAAAAUAGAGAAGGAGGAGCAGGUACGCAAAAUAAAGUCUCGUCACGGUGACGAACUGGUGUCCCUCUUGGGCCAUUUUCCCAACAAGCGAGAGCUGGAAGAUUGGAUCUAUUCCAAGUCUAAGGAAAUCAAUAACACCAGGAACAGACUUGCUAAACUUAACAAGGACUUGGCAUCAAGUGAGCAGAACAAAAGUCAUAUUACUUCAGAGUUGCGCAAGAAGGAGCAACAAUUAACCAGCGAUGAAGAGAAGUUCUUCAGUGUUUGUGGCAGUCAAGAUCUGGAGCAGGAUUUGGGAAAGCUGCAGGAAGAUCUGGAGAAGAUAUCCAAACAAAGAGCCAUGUUAGCAGGAGCUACAGCAGUGUACACCCAGUUCAUCAGCCAACUGACAGAGGAGAGGGAGCCCUGCUGCCCUGUCUGCCAGAGGACUUUUCCUUCAGAAUCUGAUCUGCAGGAAGUUAUCAGCGACAUGCAAUCCAAGCUACGACUGGUUCCUGACAAGCUGAUGAACACAGAGCAGGACCUGAAGAGAAAGGAGAGGAAGAGGGAUGAAAUGAUCUCUCUCAGACCUGUGAGACAGUCCAUUGUUCAAUUUCAAGAGAAGGAGCUGCCUGAGCUGAAGAACCGGCUUCAGAGUGUCAACAGAGAAAUCGAGAGGCUCAAGGCUGAUGUAGAAGAGCAGGAGACUCUUCUUGGUACCUUAAUGUCUGAGGAGGAAACUGCAAAGGCCUGCCUGCAAGACAUAUCUCUAAUGGACAGAUACCUGAUGGACCUGCAGAUGCUGGAGAGAAAAAUUGCUCAGCAGUCAGCUAAACUCCAGGGAGUAGACCUGAGCAGAACCAUCCAGCAAGUUAGUCAGGAGAAACAAGAAACCCAGCACAAACUUGACACCACUUCUAGCAAAAUGGAGCUGAAACGCAAGCUGAUCCAAGACCAGCAGGAUCAGAUUCAGAUCUUGAAAAGUGCCGUCAAUGAAACGAAGGCAGAGAAGCUCCAGCUUAGCAGCGACAUGCAGAGGCAGCAGCAGCUGGAGGAGCAGUGUGUUGAAUUCACUGCAGAGAUACAAGCUUUAACGAGAGACAUCCGGGAAGCGAAGGAGCAACUGUCCCCUCUAUCUGUUGCUUUGGAUAAGCUGCAACAAGAGAAACAAGAGCUGAUGGAGCGCAAGAAGCAGACACAGGAAGAAGGCCAGGAGAAGAUCAGUGUCAUAAAAGAGAGGGUCAAAGCCGUCUCCAUGUUGGAGCGAGACAUCAAAAAAUACGUAGAUGAAGGAAAAGAUGAAUAUAAAGAGCAAAAAGAAUCAGAGCUUCAAGAAACCAACACUCAACUCCACGAGGCUGAGAAGCAGAAAGAGAAAAUUAGUAAGGAGAUGGGAAACAUCCGUCAGGACAUAGACACUCAAAAGGUUCAAGAGCGCUGGUUGCAAGACAAUCUAACAUUACGGAAGCGGGUUGAGGAGUUGAAGGAGGUUCUAGCUAAACGAGAAGCUCUCAUGAAAGACAUGGGCAACAUGCAGGUGCUGCAGCUGCGCCAUGAACGUCGUGAUGCAGAACGCAAGUUAGAGGAUUUGAAGAAGAACCGGAGCAUCGCGCAGGGUCGGCAGAAAGGCUUUGAAGAAGAGAUACUGAAUUACAGAAAAGAGUUGAGAGAGGACCAGUAUGACAAAGCUGAUGAGCGCUACAAAAACAAGAUGAUCACGAUGAGGACCACAGAGUUGGUCAUAAAGGACCUUGAUCUCUACUACAAAGCCCUUGAUCAAACCAUCAUGAAAUUCCACAGUAUGAAAAUGGAUGAGAUCAAUAAGAUUAUUAGAGACCUGUGGCGCAGCACAUACAGGGGUCAAGAUAUCGAGUAUGUGGAGAUCAGGUCGGAUGUGGAUGAGAAUUCAUCGGCUGCAGUAAAGAGGAGGGUUUACAACUACAGAGUAGUUAUGGUGAAAGGAGAUACAGCUUUGGAUAUGAGAGGACGCUGCAGCGCUGGCCAGAAGGUGCUGGCAUCCCUGAUCAUCCGUCUUGCCCUGGCAGAGACGUUCUGUCUGAACUGUGGGAUUUUGGCCUUGGAUGAGCCCACCACAAACCUGGACAGAGAGAACAUUGAGUCUCUGGCUCAUGCCCUCGUGGAAAUCAUCAAGAGUCGUUCUCGUCAGCGUAACUUCCAGCUGCUUAUCAUCACCCACGAUGAAGACUUUGUGGAACUCCUGGGCCGCUCCAGCUAUAUUGAGCACUUCUAUCGAAUCCGCAAGAACCAGGACCAGAACUCGGAAAUCACCACGUGCAGCAUCUCCACCCUCUCAUCAUAUCUCCAUUGAGAGAACAAGAGACUUUGCACAGUUUAAAGACCAACACUUUGAUUGCGGUUAAUUAAAUUCACAGCUAUGUUAUUAGAGAGCUUGGAGAAUACUGACUGACAUCACUUUUUCUGUUAUUUACCAAUUUAAAAUAUGCUGUAAACAAUUUAAAUGUUCUGAAAGUUACUGUUAUCUACAAAGAUGAGCUAACAAAAAAAUAUCUUUUUCAAAAUGUUUUGAAUAAACCUCAAAGAUGAACACCAAAAAACUAACAGAAAGCGAUAAUUGUUCCUGAAUAUCAAUGGCUUAGCUGCAGUUGCAUGAUGCAUUUCAAC